AUGCCGCGAGUAUGCAUUUUCGUCUCCGCGACGCACAGCACCAGUUGCGCGUGGCCUGCCGUGGUCCCCGAGGCGCCAGGACGGGCCUCGCAUGCGUGCUUACGUCUCCUGCCGUCACAGGCCUAUCAUGGCAACUGCACGCCGCGCGUUUCAAACCACCGCUGUCCCUCGUCCAAUGGCAGGGAGACACGUUGCGUACGGUCCGCAGCCCCAAACACGCCACGCCCACGUGGCGGCGCACCGCCUUCUGCGCCGACGAUCGCGGACAUCGAGGCAGCGGCAGCGGCGCGCGGCGUGCGACUAGAGAUCGAGACGACCGGUCCGUUCUUCACCAUCUCCGCUUACGACGCCACCGGCGCGUUCGACGACCGCCGCGACGGCGUGCGCGAGGGGCAGGGGGGCGCGCGGACGAGCGCGGGGAGAGAUGCGCGCGGAGGCAAGCCGCGCGUGCGCAUGGCGCGCAUAGACGACGCGCGGCAGCGCGGCGUGUUCGGCGCGGCGCUGCUGAUCGGCGCGCUGGUGUUCCGAUGGGCCCUGGACACCCAUGGGUGCCGCGUGGCUCAGCUGCUCGCCAUCGACGACACUGACGAGUACCACGCUAAGCUGGUGAAGUACUACUCGCGGCUGGGCAUGCGGGCGGUGAGGGUGGUGGAGGGGGGGUCGCUGGGGGACGUGCCGCACAUGCUGGUGUGGGGGGGCGCCGGCACGCUCAUGGAGGGCGAGAUACUGCCGCUGCUCACCCGAUGGGCCAGGGUCUUCCCCCCCGCUGCUGCUGCUGCUGCUGCUGCUGCUGCUGCGCCUGCUGCUACUAUUGCUGCUGCGACUGGGAGUGAUGUUUCAUAUGACUGA